ACGUCAAUCUUUCGAGGUGUCAGGCUCUGCAAUCGACCGGUUCUGUUUGCGUGUCUUUUCCACGGCUCGAUUUUCUAAAGAAAAUCGUGAAAAAGGAGUUUUUCCAUUCUGUCUUCGUUUAAUAAUAAGGAAAAUCUAGUAGAACCGUAUCUGGAAAAGGUAACGUUCGACAACGGUAAGCAAAAUGGGUAAAGGAGUUCUGGCGGUGGCCUUGUUUGUAGCCGGUAUUUUCUGUGCUCAAUCGGCUAUCGAUGUAGAAAUCGAAAAUAAGAACGUAGACCGAACUAUCGAUCUGACCAGCCAACUGGUUAAAGUCAGCUACAAAAUAACGCUGGAGCACAAGGCAAAGAAAGCCAUCAGCAGUUAUCUGUUCAUCGUACCAAACGAGGACCGAGAACGGCUAUCGUUCAUAUCGGCUAAGGAUGCGUCCAAGAAAGAUCUGAAGCUAACAGAAACUGCCUCCCCCAAGGGUGCCACCUUUUCGAUGACUCUGCCAGCAUCAGCCGGUACAACAAAUCCGGUCGUCUAUAUCGAAACGGUGUUUACAAAAUCAUUGCUUCCCUACCCAACUGCAAUAGCUCAAACUGAGCGACAGCUGGUGCAAUACUUUGGCAACGCCUACGUCUAUUCUCCCUUCCGCACCAGCACCCAGAAGACAACAGUACACUUGAGCUCCCGGAAUGUGGAAAGUUUCACACAAUUUAAGCCGGCCGUCCACGCUGACAGCACCAUCACAUAUGGACCGUACGAUAACAUUGCGGCUUUCUCGAGUGAACCGAUUACCAUCCACUUUGAAAACUACACUCCAUUCUUGACCGUGACCAGGCUGGAGCGUGUGAUCGAGGUUUCCCACUGGGGUAACAUCGCCGUCGAGGAAUCCAUCGAUAUCAUCCAUUCAGGAGCAUCGUUGAAGGGGCCAUUCUCGCGCUACGAUUACCAGAAGGAUUCCCGUUCUAAUCAGGCAAGCGUAAAGUCCUAUAAAACACUUCUUCCGGCUUCGGCCACCGGAGUGUACUAUCGGGAUACGAAUGGAAAUAUUUCUACCUCGGCCAUGCGAGUGCUGAAGGAUUCCGUUGAGCUGGAUCUCCGCCCACGCUUCCCACUUUUUGGAGGAUGGAAGACGUACUACACCCUAGGAUACAAUGUGCCGAGUUUCGAAUAUCUGUUCCAAACUGGAGACAACUUUUUGCUGAAAAUGCGCGUACUCGAUCACAUCUUUGAUGAUAUGGUGGUAGAUGAAGUGACCACAAAAAUCAUUCUUCCAGAAGGAUCCACCAACAUCAAAUUGAUUGCCCCGUACUCGGUAACUCGCCAUCCCGAUUCACUCCAUUACACCUAUUUGGACACAUUCGGCCGACCAGUUAUUUCGUUCAGCAAAAAGAAUGUUGUCGAGCAUCACAUCACCGACUUUAAUCUAAAGUACAAUUUUAGUCGAGUAAUGAUGCUUCAGGAACCGCUACUGGUGGUUGGUUUCCUGUAUGUAUUGUUUGUGUUGGUGAUCGUCUGGAUGAGGCUAGAUUUCUCAAUAAUCAAAGAGAAGGAACAUCUUCAUAAGGAUUAAACCAUUUGCCUAGGCGUAGACAAAAGGAACGUAAAUAUUCCAAAUUAUUGAGCAUAAGUACAUUUAAAAUACCGCACUUACUAAGAAGCAUUUAGAAAACGUUCCGUCGAAAAACAAAAAUACACACAAAUCUCACGCAACACAAGGAUUCAGUUUUCUUCACCAAAUGCGAUAGUCAGUGUGUAUCAAGGAGAAAUCUACGCCGGACACUUCACAAGAAAAAGUCUGAUAGCAUUUUUUGUUUGCUUAAACUCUUUCAGUUUUAGUAAUUAAGAAUGAAUGAACUGUAGAAUGCGUUUGAAUAAACAGUAAACAAUACAA